AUGAAAGAGCAUGCUGUAAACGUAUGGACAUCUUCGCAGUCACCUGUUGCCAGUUGUCCUCGGGCAUUUGAACCCGCAGAGAACAGACGGACUGCGGACAUGAUCUCACAGUUUUCAGCAAUUCUGGGUGUGUUGUCACGACUGAAGCUGAAGAAAGAACGGAAGCAAAAAGCAAUCGACGAUUCGAGUGUCGAUCAUGCAGUAUCCGUAUAUGGCAACUUGGUUUGCACCUUUCUGUCUAUCACCGCCUCCUGCCUCAUUGUCAAGAGCGAUGGCGCUCACGUCCUUGUGCCUUCCAAAUAUCCGUCCGAAACUCCUCGAGUCGUAGCAGUUGCUCGGUGGAUCGGUCAGCUCGAUUCAUGAUCCAUGGAACAACAGCUUGACUGCAAGGGUCAAACAGUGAACCCGGAUAUUAGUGGGAUCGGCGUUAGACUCAGCUUCUAUCUGCAGAACUUUUGCCUAGUGUUACUGGUCGAUCGCUCUUGGGAGGAUGCACCCGGCGCUCUAUGGACUUUCACCUCUACAAGUUUCGGCUUGACAGUCGCUGCUAUCAUUCAAGCCCGUUCGGGACUGCUAUCGUUCUUCCAAGCUCUCCAAGUGUCCAAUCUGGUGUGGCUAGCCAAUUUUGGUUCCUUCCUUGCACUAGCUUCAUAUUCACGACAUCGAACGAACCAUGAACAAGAACCUGACGGACGAAGCAAGAAGGUGGAGCCAGAAAACAGUGUUAAGAUUGGAGCUAUGCUACAGAUGUUCUUCUCGAUGGCUCUGACGUUCUACACCUGGUCAAACCCUCAGGCAUUCAAUCAAGACCACUGUGCACCAUUUGUCAAAUACGUGGCCUUCUUCGCUGUCGACUUUCCAGCUCUUGGCUCAGGCAGGAAAUUGGGAUUGAUUGUCACCUCCAUCCUCACGGGCGGAUAUCUGCUCAUUACAGCGCACGAGAUCCUCUCGUACUAUCGUCGUCAUAACAAACAUAGACCUUCCAAUCCUAUGAUCACUGUGGACCAUUGUCCUGAUUCUUCUAAACAGAAUGACGUGGAGCUGCGAGGAACUACGGACGACAUUGAUGUGUCUGACCUCUCAGACAACUCUCACUCUCCUCAACCCAGUCCAGUCUUUCCCCGUUCUGAGAAGAGUGGCACACGCAGGACACGCCAUAGACGACGUGGCUGGUCGUCUAACUUGGAUCCCAUGUUGCUUGGCAUUACUAUCUUCCAGGUCAUCGUAUUCACAUAUUUCAUCAUUUCGACCGAAUUGCUCCUAAGGCACAAUCCCGCGGUUGAUAGUUCCGAUAAGGAAUGGGGAUUUGGCCAGAUCUUAGCCCUCAUCGUUGUCGUACCCUCGUUGAUAUCAGUCAUACGCGCCUUCAAGGAGCAUGGCUUCAGGAAUCGCCAUCAUCGUAAAAGUAAACGUGGACGGAGAAAGCGUACUAGGGGACGUCCACCGCAAGCACAGUCGACAGCGAUCACGGUGCAAGGUAAAGCAUAGGUUCGAUCCGUUAUUCUAUCAAAGUGGUGUGCGUCAUCGUGUAAGUACGUACCACUCCCAAUUACGGUUUUCCUGUACCCACUUCCUACCAAAAUCAUCAUCGUCUGGAUAUACAGCUCUCAUCUCAUCAGACA